AUGUUGGAAACUGCGGGGAUAAUCAUAUAAAACAUGUCUGCUCACAUCUGUCGCAUCCUUGCUGCCGUAUACUCAGAUAUGUUGGCCUGGAUGAGUUCUCAUUUGGAACGAACGAAAAGGUAGUCAGACAAAAAGGUACAGUAUAGUGUGCGGCUAUAGUUGGUGAGAUGACGAAAGACAUUGAAGCUUUGGGGAGCAAUGAUUCGAAAACGAUAGUCGAUGCAAGCAUCCUAGAUAAAAAAGAACUCAAAUGUGGCGAAUACGAACAUCAUAACGUUGGGACACUACAACGAAGACUGAAAUCGCGACAUGUCCAGUUUCUCGCACUAUCGGGUGCUAUAGGCACCGGCCUUUUUGUCGGUACGGGUCAAACAUUGUCUCUCGCAGGACCUCUUUCGGCAGUACUGGCCUACCUUAUAACCGGUUUCAAUCUCUACGCCGUGAUCAACAGCAUGGGUGAAAUGGCGACCUGGCUUCCCUUACCAGGUGCAGUGCCCGUAUACGCGGCGCGCUACGUCGAUCCUGCCUUAGGAUUUACGCUGGGCUGGAAUUAUUGGUAUCAGUUCGCAAUCGGCGUGCCCAUAGAGAUCAGUGCCGCGGCGUUGGUUAUCGAUUACUGGCCAGAAAGCGUCUCAACCGUUGCCUGGAUCACGAUCAUGUUAGUAGCAGUUGUUGCCAUAAACCUCUUCCCUGUGCGGUUCUAUGGUGAAAUCGAGUUUGCCUUUGGAGCUAUUAAAUUGACAACAAUCUGCGGGUUAAUUCUCCUUAUGCUCAUCAUCACUCUUGGAGGCGCACCGAGCCAUGAUCGCAUUGGUUUUAGAUACUGGCACAAUCCGGGCCCAAUGCUGGAAUAUCUUGAACCAGGAGCCUUGGGGCGUUUUCUUGCCUUCUUCAAAGUCUUCAUCAGCGCUACAUUUGCUUACGGCGGAAGCGAGAUGGUGGUUGUCGCAGCCGGGGAGACUGAGAACCCCCGACGAAAUAUACCCAAAGCAGUCCGCAGAGUCUUCUGGCGUAUUGCAGUCUUUUACGUUCUAAGCAUUUUCUUGGUCGGUAUGUGCGUCUCCGCCACGGAUAACCGUCUCCUGAAUGCUAUUAAGCAAGGCGCUCCUGGAGUCGGUGCCAGCCCCUUUGUUAUCGCAAUGCAAAAUGGAGGCAUCAGAGUCCUCCCAUCAAUCAUCAAUGCAGUCGUACUUACCUCCGCCUUUUCGGCGGGUAACUCUUUCUUCUACGCUUCGACUCGGGUAUUGUACUCUACUGCGCUUGACGGAAAAGCACCCGGGUUUUUGAAGUACGAAAAAUUUGGAGUUCCAUAUGCAUGCGUAGCCAUCACCGCCAUGCUCAGUCUACUGGUUUACUUGAAUGUAAAUUCAAGCGCAUCUGACGUAUUUUUCUGGAUAAGCAACCUCAGCUCCGUGAGCACUCUGAUCGUAUGGACAUCCGUCUCCAUAACUUAUCUCCGCUUCCACAAAGGCAUGAAACAUCAAGGCAUUUCAAGGUCUUCACUUCCAUUCCGGGCUCCAUUCCAACCUUACCUAGCGUGGUUUUCGUGUCUCUUUUCCUCUACAGUGGCAUUUUUCAACGGAUUCGACUGUUUCUUUCCAGGAAAGUUCAGUGCUAAAUCAUUUAUUCCACCAUAUAUCGACAUACCGAUCUUUGCAACAUUGUUUUUAGGAUAUAAAAUAUACCACAGAACUAGUUUUGUCAAAUUGGAUGAAAUAGAUUUCUUUUCUGGAAAGGAAGAAGCGGAUCGAUUGGAAGGCUCCUGGGAGGAUGCCAAACCGAGAAAUAUCUUUGAAAGAGUGUGGUUUUGGAUUGCUUGAGAACCUUAGCGGUCGCAAGGUUGGAGGAUACAGUAUAUGUCAUUAUUCUAUGAUGAUUGUAUACCAAUCUACUCGUCACAGUUCGAAGGUUCCGAAUCAAUAUAUAUUUGGACGUCAAUAAUAGUAUUGUUUGUAGACAGUGCAUGUAUGUAGAUCAAGAUAAAACAUACAUCUACUUAACAGUCAACACCGGCAAGUAAAAAGAAGAAUCAACACAAUAAAUAACUCCAUCACGAUACUAAAAUCCUUUCAUCAGGGAUUCGACUGAGAUGGAAGCAUCUUGUGCCCACUCUCGGAACGUUCAUUCGGUUUAGACCUUGAAUUCUGUAUAUUAGAUGCCGUUCCUUGCGCGAAACUACCAUCGACAACAGCCGGCCACUUUUCCGGCCACAGCCAGAAACUCUCAUGAUUCGGCUUGCUAGAUAUCAUACCUGACAUGUCAAACGGAUCGAUCACAGUCUGCCACAGGGAUCGCUUGUCAAUCCAACCGGGACCUAGUCGCUCAGUUUUGCAAUCGAGAUCCAGAUAACGGGUCUUUUGUCGGGGUAGCAAUCUACCAGGAUGCAUUAUAUUAAGCCAGUAUGUGAAGAGAACCAUUGGUGCAGCCUCAAAG